UUUUCACCCAAACUGUCAAACAUGGAAACCGCUUCGUCGCCGAUUUUAUACACACUCCGAUUUGGCGGCGGCUCCGCCACCUCCACUUCCGCUGCACACGCUGCCAGUACUGCUAAAGUUUACUACCACCUACGCAGAAAGAGUCCGAGUGAUAUUUCUCUACUUGCAUCUUCAGAAAAUUGCCGUUGUAGUAGUUUAUGCGGACGGUUCCAGAAGAAAUUGCGGUUUGGUCGGUUGAUUUGCGAUGCUUCCUCACAGAUUCCAGCUGAACGUGAUCAAUCGCAGAAAUUUGCGGUACUAAUUGAAGUGGAAGGGGUCUUAAUGGAUGUAUACCGGUUAUGCAACCGCCAUGCAUUUAAUGCAGCAUUUAAAAAGCUGGGAUUAGAUUGUGCAAAUUGGAGUGAACCAGUUUACUUGGACCUUCUAAGGAGAAGUGUUGGUGAUGAAGAAAGGAUGUUAAUAUUGUUUUUUAACAGGAUUGGUUGGCCCACAUCAGUUGCCACAAGUGAGAAAGGGAGUUUUAUGAAAAAUGUUUUACGUGAGAAGAAGAAUGCAUUGGUUGAUCUUGUCGCAUCAAAUGAAUUUUCGUUGAGACCUGGCGCUGAAGAGUUCAUCGACAAGGCUUGUGAAGAAGCUGUGCCAGUGGCUAUCUUGGCAGCGUAUAGCAUAAACGGCGAAAAGGUGGCAAGAUCAAUUGUUGAAAAGCUUGGAACUGAUAGAAUAUCGAAGAUAAAGAUCAUUGGAGAUGACGAAGUAAAGCAAAGCUUUUAUGGCCAACUUGUAUUUGGAAAAGGUGUAUCUUCCAGUUUGGAUGAACAGCUAGCCAAGGCAGUGAAUAAAGCUGCUUCUGCCGAGAAACAGAGAGUCGCAGAGGAGGUUGCUUCCAUGCUGAAGCUGAAAGUGGAACUUAACACUACUUCAAGUGAAAGAAUUCAAAAUAUUGUAGCUGCACUGAGGGCAGGAGCAGAAAAGGUAGAUGUGCCGAUUUACAACUGCAUACUUGUUACUGGAAGCCAAUCUGGAGUUGCUGCUGCUGAGCGAAUUGGCAUGCCUUGUGUAGUUCUUAGGAGUAGCUCAACAUCUAGAGCUGAAUUCCAAGCUGGCGUUGCUGUGAUGGAUGGGUUUGGUGGCGGGGACCUGACCAUUUCCAGACUUCGCAAAAAAUUGUUUCCUUGAGCUGCACCUGAUAGCUUCUGCAACAAAGAGCUCCGUUAUGCUGUAAAUGACAGUUGCACAUUAUGUUUUUGGUUUGGUUUUAUAUACCAGAUUUAUCUUCCAUUUUA